AUGAAUCAGAAGACAAAUGUAGCCUUAGCCUUGGCAAUACAACUAUUUGAGGAGGAGACCUUUGAUGAUGACUUACUCAUCAUUGCAUGUAUUGAUAAAGCAACACUUAUAGCUCUGUGGUAUCUGGCUGGUCAGUCAGCAAUGGAGAAUGGAGCUGACAGGUUUGGUGUAGCUCCUUCUACAAUAUAUCAUGAAGUUCAUCGUAUCAUUGAUAUUCUUUGUGCAUUAAGUCAUAAAUUUAUAGUAUGGCCUGAAGAGAAUGAAUGUGCAGCAAUAAGACAACAAUUCUAUGACAGAGCAGGGUAUCCAGGAGUGAUUGGUGCCAUCGACGGUUGUCACGUUACUGUACUUGCUCCCGCUAAUGAUCAGGAUUCGUACGCGAACAGGAAGAUGAAUCAUUCUAUAAUCUUGCAAGGUAUCUGUACGGCUAAGAAAAUAUUUACCAACGUUUCCAUUGGUACACCAGGAUCUUGUAACGACUGUCGUGCUUUGAGAUAUUCAACUUUCUACAAAAAAGUUACACAGCAAGGGUCUGAAAGCUUAUUCUACAAUCCCAACAAUUAUCUUAUUGGUGAUAAGGCCUACCCUAACAGAACAUGGCUUAUGGCACCUUAUAAGGACUAUGUUCAACAAGAAUUGUCAUAG